GUGGUGUGCGGCGACCGGGUCGUGUUGAAGCCAGUCAACGCGGGACAGCCGCUACAUGCGAGUAACUACGACCUCGUAGACAACCCAGGAUGCAAGGAGGUAAAUGCUGUUAAUUGCAACACAUGUUGGAAAAUCUCCCUCUUCCUGGAGCACAGCGAAAACAGAGAGGACAUCCUGAAAGGGGGCGACGUCGUGCGUCUGUUUCACGCCGAGCAGGAGAAGUUUCUCACGAUGGACGAAUACAAGAAGAAGCAAUACCUGUUUCUACGCACGACCGGCCGCACAUCCGCCACCGCCGCCACCAGCAGCAAAGCCAUGUGGGAGGUCGAGGUGGUGCAGGACGAUCCGUGUCGCGCCGGUAGCAGGACAUUGGAACAGUCUCUCGCUUCAAGCAUCCUUAGCGUCCGGUACUACAUCGCUGCCGGAGGUAUCGGGGUUCAAGUCCUGGCUGUCGACGAGGACGACACCAAGGACAUGAUGAGGGAGAAGCUGAGAGGUGGGCUGGAGGCGUCAGUCUACAGCCUCGUGCCGAUCCCCUACGGCAACGACAUUGCCUCCAUCUUUGAGCUGGACACGACAACCGCGGCGCGUGGGGAUUCCACCGUACCCAGGGAGGACAGGGAGGCUUUCUCUAUCGUCCCGGUGUCACCGCAGGAGGUUCGUGACCUUGACUUUGCGAACGACGCGUCCAAGGUCCUCAGCACCAUCGGCAGUCAACUAGAGAAGGGAUCCAUCACGCAGAACGAGAAGAAGGCGGUCAUACACCUGCUGAACGACCUUCUGUACUUCGUGACGACGUCGGACAAACAUCAGUUCGACGACCCGCUCGAGAUCCGCAUGACGAACCCUGACCGCGAGCGACAGAAGCUGAUGCGCGAGCAGGAUGUGCUGAAACAAAUAUUUAAGAUACUAAAGGCACCGUUCCUGGACAAGGGAGACGGACCGAUACUUAAGAUGGAGGAGCUCAGUGACCCACGCUACUCCGCCUUCCGCCAUAUCUGUCGCCUCUGCUACCGCAUGCUGCGACACUCACAGGACACCUACAGGAAGAAUCAGGUACUAACAUCUCUCCCUGUGCCACCUACGGGAAGAAUCAGGUACUAA